AUGUUAUUCUUCGUUUUGUUUACGUUAAUUAUUUGCUUCUUGCUAAAUAUUUGCUUCUUUCUGCUUUUUACGUUAAUUAUUUGCUUCUUGCCAAUGUUGGCUUCUUCAUUAUUGUUUGUUUGCGUUAUUUGCGUUAAUUAUUUUCUUCUUUGUUUUACCAUUUGCUUCUUCGUUCUUCAUUCUUGUUUGUUUUGCGUUAAUUAUUUGCUUUUUUUUAAUGUUGGAUUCUUCAUUGUUUGUUUUGUUUUGCUUCUUGCUAAUGUUGGCUUCUUUAUUUGCGUUAAUUAUUUGCUUCUUGCUAAUGUUGGCUUCUUCAUUAUUGUUUGUUUCUUCAUUCUUAUUUGUUUCUUGCUAAUGUUGGCUUCUUCAUUCUUAGAUUCAUACGUUCUAUCUAUCUAUCUAUCUAUCUAUCUAUCUAUCUAUCUAUAUCUAUCUAUCUAUCUAUCUAUCUAUCUAUCCCAGUCAUUUACUAUCUAUCUAUCUAUCUAUCUAUCUAUCUAUCUAUCUAUCCAUUUCAUCCAAGUAUUUCUAUCUAUCUCAGUAGUUCUAUCUAUCUAUCCAUCUAUCUAUCCAUCCAUAUCUAUCUAUCUCAGUAUUCCUAUCUAUUUCAGUAUUCACAUCUAUCUAUCUAUCUAUCUAUCUAUCUAUCUAUCUAUCUAUCUAUCUAUCUAUCUAUCUAUUUCAGUAUGUAGGUAUUUCUAUCUCAGUAGUUGUAUCUAUCUAUCUAUCUAUCUAUCUAUCUAUCUAUCUAUCUAUCUAUCUAUCUAUCUAUCUAUCUCAUUGUAUCUAUCUAUUUAUCUAUCUAUCUAUCUAUCUAUCUAUCUAUCUAUCUAUCUAUCUAUCUCAGUAUUCCUAUCUAUUUCAGUAUUCACAUCUAUCUAUCUAUCUAUCUAUCUAUCUAUCUAUCUAUCUAUCUAUCUAUUUCAGUAUGUUGUAUUAUUUCCUAUCUCAGUAGUUGUAUCUAUCUAUCUAUCUAUCUAUCCAUCUAUCUAUCUAUCUAUCUAUCUAUCUAUCCCAGUAUUCUAUAUGAUUUCAGUAUUCACAUCUAUAUCUAUCUAUCUAUCUAUCUAUCUAUCCAUUCCAGAUUAUUCAACAUCCAUCUAUUUCCAUCUAUCUAUCUAUCUAUCUAUCUAUCUAUCUAUUUCAGUAUGUAGGUAUUUCUAUCUCAGUAUUCUAUCUAUUCAUCUAUCUAUCUAUCUAUCUAUCUAUCUAUCUAUCUCAGUAUACCUAUCCCAUUUCAGUAUUCACAUCUAUCUAUCUAUCUAUUUAUCUAUCUAUCUAUCUAUCUAUCUAUCUGUUCUUAUAUGUUUAAUAUCUCUCCCCACCUUAUCUAUUCGUGUAUUUAUCUAUCUCGGUUUGUUGUUUUAUCUAACCUACAGCUUAUUUCCUAUCAAUCUACCUGAGUUUUUUCUUCCUAUCUAUCUAUCUAUCUAUCUAUCUAUCUAUCUAUCUAUCUAUCUAUUUAAUUCUGUUCAUUUUCUAUCUAUCUAUCUAUCUAUCUAUCUAUCUAUCUAUCUAUCUAAUUCUGUUCAUUUUCUAUCUAUCUAUUUAAUUCUGUUCAUUAUCUAUCUAUCUAUCUAUCUAUCUAUCUAUCUAUCUAUCUAUCUAUCUCAGUAUUUCUGUCUGUCUAUUUAUCUAUCAAUCUAUGUAAGCACUUCUUUCUUUCUUUCUUUCUUUCUUUCUGUAUAA